AUGAGAACUGGGCCCCAGUUCUCGCUGCAAGGCAAAGGGUUCCAGUUUGGCAUCUUCCGCUUUAGAGGAAGGGACGUUGCCAUCGGCCACAUCUACCUCGAGAGCGGCCCCGGACCCGGUGGGGGACUCAAUCCCGCGAUCCUUGCCGAACUCCUCUCCACCCUGGACACUCUGUCCUGCCCUUGGAUAAUGGCCGGUGACUGGAAUUGCAGCUGGCACGAGUUGCAGGAAUCCUCGUUCGCCUGCCAUAGCAGGGCUGCAUUCGUUGUACCUGGGGAACCCUCCACAACCCACGGAGCGACGAUCGACUUUGCCGUCUGUUCUCGCCAACUUCAAGGACUCCUCGAGGCCAAAGUGAGCUGGGAAGUCCCCUUCCGACCUCAUGCCCUGGUCCUGUACGAGUUCCAAGUUUCUUCUCUGGGGACUAUGGUGCUUCAGCCCAAGUCCUUCCCAAACCGCGACACUUCCUGGGGUGGAUUCGUCAAGUGGCUAGAGGCCACCACCUGUGCUGAUGGGAUCCAAGGCAGGGGUUGGAACGUGCAGGCCGACAUACGGCCUCUCACCCCGCCUGCUUCUCCCAACUUUCCAUGGUUUGGGAGAAAAUCUGGCUACUGGGACCGGCUCAGCCUCUGGUUUCAACAAGCCGCCGAGCACCGGCUUCCUUCCAAGGUUCGGCCAGUGGUGCUUCGCCACCUUCUCUGCCCUGAAGCCGACUUUGAGGUCGAGGGCUUGGAUUUACCAGCCCUACGGCACUGCCUUGCAGCCCAUAUUCGCGAAGGCACCCCUCCUCUUCAGGCGGAGCUUUCGAGCUUGGCCACAGUCCGAAAGGCUGCGGCUGAGGACAAAAGGACCUCUGACAACAACCGGUACAAAACCUGGCUAGAAGAGGCCACCCAAGGAGGCAUGAAGGGCCUCUAUGGGGCACUCAAGAAAGCUGAGGUUACCACGGUUCGCCCAUACCGGGACCUCCCUCUUGAGCUACGCCAUCAUGAGAGAAGACUCGAUUGGCAAAGGCUUUGGGAGCCUUCCUCCAAUCGCCGAGCCUUGGAGGACCCGAUCUUCUCUCGCCUUUUGGAGCGUGCGGUGGAACAGCACCAUGCGCUCGGCCCGGUCUCCGCUGAGGAGCUCACCAAGGUGCUGAAGAAGCUCUCCACGAAGGCCCCGGGAUUGGACGGUCUUACCGCACCCAUGCUUAAGCGAGCCUCGGUGCCUCAGAUCGCCGAGCUUGCGGACCACAUCCAAGCUUGGGAGGCUAAGGGCCAGAUGCCAUCCCAGGACGCUGCGCGCAAGAAGGCUGCCAAGGCCGGGGUUGAGGCAGCAGCAGCGUAUGGUCAUCAGGCUGUGGGUCUGGCGCCCAAGCGACUGAAAUUUCUUCGUCAGCUCACAGCGCAGCACAAUGGAAGGCUCACCAAUGGAGCCACGGAGGUUGUGCUCGACCUUCUUUGCACCACUAAGCCUGAUCCCUCUGGGCGGUUGGUGGAGCAACACUUUAGAAGCUUCGUUGCCAUGACAGGCAACUGGCCCCAGGCCCUCAAACCUGCUCUGGAAAACGCCUUUGAGGGCAUGUCCCAGCGUGUUGCCUCACACAAAGAGCUUUGGAGGAUUGCAGCCGGGCCAAUAGGAGCCACGCUGUGCUACUUGAAGGAGCUUGGGUGGCAACCCAGCUCUCUUCUCCGUUGGGAGAUCCACUCCCAGCAAUACGAUUUGGAGGACCCGCUGCAAUUGGAAGGCAUGUUACGCCUGCUGAGGACAUUCUGGUCCAACAAAAGGCUCCAAGCAAUCUGCCAACUUGAAGGCGGCGCCUCCUUAGCAACCGGGGUUGACUGGACCAUUGGCAAAAGACUGCUUCGCAAACUCCCGCCGCUGCAGAAAAAGAGCCUCCAAGCGGUCUGGCAAGGCCAGCCCCCGCCAGGCGACCAUCCCACUGUCAUUGAGGGCCUCUGGAAGGACGGCCUCAUCCUGGAGGACCCCGAUAUCUUCUAUGCCACCGACGGAAUCUUGGCCGCACCUCGCUGGACUUGGUUCAACCAGUCCGAGCACAAGCAGAGCGACUCCAUCUCCAUUGGAUCCGUAGUCACAAGUCCCUGGAGUGCUGUGGAUAAGCUAGCUGGUGACCAUGCCAAUCGCUCCCGCGACAGGCUCUGGGAAAGCCAGCUUGAAGCCAGAGACGCCGACGCCAGUGCCGUCCUCAGUUUUUUGGCGGCACGUGCUGCAGCCCUCUUCGAGUACGACCAGGAUCAAGGCCCUCAGAUCCAAUUCGAGGGUGAGGCCAGCUCCCAAAACCAAAAGGGCAGAGCGUCUGGGUUCAAGAGGAAAGGCAAAGUCAUCCGACCCGAGCCGGCCAAACCCGAACGCCAGGCUGGGAAGCCCAACAAAAGGGACCUCUUGCGGGAAGCAGUCCUCAAGCCCCAGCUCGGGCACACCUGGAAGUGGACCUCUGAGCACCAAAGUGGGGCCCGCAUCAGCUGUACCACGUGUAAGCUGGGCGCUCAGCAGAUUUCUCCUGAGAAGCAACUUCGGAGAACACUGGCCCAGCCCUGCAUCGGUCACUGCUCCCAGGAACUCUUUCUCAGUUUCUGGCAGUGCCACCCGACCCACCACAUGGUUUUUGAAGGCCAAGGCCAGAUCGUCGUCAGCCCCCGCCCCUUCGAGGGCAGUGGUGGCUGA